AGACAAUUGGGAAAUUAAUAAAAAGUAGAAAUAGUUCGCGAUACUUUCAGUCCCGCGUUCUGUUGUUAGAAGAGGUUUCGCCUAAAACUCUUUGCGUGAUUCUGCGUGUGCACCGUAUUGUUUACGUGAACGUCGAAAUGAGUCGUUGUGUUUUAGUUUCACUGACGAGAUUCUCGAUUGUUUUCUGAGUCAAUUUUGUGGUGUUACUCAAGCGUCAUAAUAUCCAUACAAGCAAACGUGAUAAGAGUGCCGCCUAUACUGUAUAACUUCGAAACAGAUUUCAAGCUGAGUUCUCAAGGCUACAUAGACGACGGGCGAUCAGCUGUUGUCAAUGACGUCACAACAAAUCCAACGCCUUAAUAAACAUUCAUUACGUCACCGUUGGCUACCGGCCUACCACCAAUAACACGAAAAAAAAACGAAAAUGUCUAAUGUCUUCCAUGAGGAAGUGACGCAAGGGGAUGAGUCAUCGACUGGGAUCGCAAGUGCUUCGGCAGUUGGAUCGUUGCCGACGGAUGAGAUGCCACCGGAGAGCGAGAAAGGAUCCGACGCGGGACACGGUAACCGAUUUCAAUCAAAACUUUUAAUGUUGUUUUGCAUCCGCGCAAUCAACGCGGGAUACAGAUUCUAUUUGGGCACGGAACUUUUUGAUCAAGGCAACAAGUUCGACGAUUUGAUUUUCAAAUAUGCCAAAGGUGAAGAGACGGAAAGUAAAGGAGAAAGCUGGCCGUAUCAAUACUUGCAAGCCAAGAGUCGGUUGCAUGAAAAAAGCGAAAAAAUAACAGCAAAAGACUUAUUCAGUAGUGAAAACGAUUUCAGCCUGCCAAAAUAUUUUCGUUCUUUUCGUGAAAUAACCAGAAGAGGAGACGAGAUUGACAGUUGCAUCAUUUGCACGAACAUUGACUUUGAAAAUAAAGAAAUCCUUGAGAAAAAUGGAAUUGAAAUUAAGGAAGUGCAACUUAUUGAUCCAAUUUUAAAAUUCGCAAAACUAUCGGAUGGCAAAACCCCAACUCGAUACAAAUUAGACAUUAGCAAAGAAAAAUCUGACAUACUGAAGGAAGACUCCACCUCGAAAAUUGUAGCCAAAAUAUUGUGGGGUAAACCUAAAACUGCUACUGAAAAAAUUUAUCUGAGCACAAAAUCUGAAGUAAUCCGAAAUUAUCACAUUGCCUUGAUAAAAGAAAACGUAAUCAAUCCCGAGACAAAAAAAUUUCACGAAGAUUUCAUUAAUCGGCCUGACGGACUCACUGAAGGUGCCAAGGAAUUGCGUAAAAAUCUUCAGCGAUUUGAUAAAAACUUCGAAACCUUGAAUAAAUUGACUGUCAGUUCUGAUAAAACUUUCGGCAAAACGCCACUAGAGCCCAAAAUAUUUAAUUAUCCUCUACCCGUUGCUGUUAAGGACGAGGAAAUCCAAGCAUUUUUGGACAAGCUCAUCUUCGCAGUUAACACGCCCAACGAAGGCGAAUUGGAUGACGUACUCAAAAGUGAAGUGGGAAAUUAUUUCACGCUGCUCACUAGCGAUCUUCAGUCAGCCUUCGUCAUGAAUGAAAUGGUCAACUGGUUCAAAAGAAAAGACAACAUUUGGCUGUCGUCACAAGAAGCCAAAAAACUGUUUUUAGACAAGACGAAAAAUAUUAUGGAAUUGAUACGUCUCAAUGACCUAUCAAACGAUUAUCAGCACCAGUUAAAGAAAGAACUGAUGGGAUUAGAAUUUAAUAGAGAUUCUAUUCAAAUUAUGACUGAGAAAUUGGAACCGUUAUUCAAAGACACUUCAAACUCAGUUAUUACUAUUGGAUCAGAGUCACCUCAACACACGGCAGUCAAAUUCAUUGCUGCCAUCAAAACGCUUCCCGAUUUUAUAUAUGACGACAGUUUCUUGGUGACGUCAUCGAAGCGUCUAAAUGACGAAGUGGAAGCUAAAAAGUUUAAACACUGUUUUGAAUUGAAUAAGGAUUCUCAUAAUCUACUCGUCGUCGUUUGUGAUGGUGAUGUAAUAUCGGCUAAAAAUAGCACAGAAUAUGCUAGUCUAAUUCCGACUGGACGAACAGAUGAUAAAAUUAAUAAAGUGGUUAUCAUAAGCCCAGAAAAAACUGCCAUGAUAACUGACGAAAUAAAAUACGCUGAGCUAACUGAUGAGUACAAGAUAAAACUCCAGUCUCUCAAAGUUUCUUUUCAGCCCAAAAAAGAUUUGGGACAACAGGAAAUAGAAAAUAAUAGAAUAACAGUGGGAGACUUGAUUGGUGACAAACCGGAAGAGGUAAUCGAUAUCAAUUCAAUAAAGGAGUUGACGCAAUUAGGAAGGGAAUUAAUUAUUCCUUCAUUCGAUGACACAACUCAUUUUGAUGAGCAAAUGUACAUCAAGCGAAAGUUGAAAUUCCCUUUCCACGAUAAGUUUGAGGAUGAAAUUGCGAAGCGACUUGACUGCAGUGUAACUCAACUGCGGGGGGAAUGCAGGAUUCGACAGGAUGGCCACAUCGAAUGGCUCGUUGAAGACAAACGACAAAAAGAAAUAUGGGAUAAAAUUCUAGAUGUCGCAAAUCAAUCAUCUUCGUCAAAGGAAAUUCACGAAGAUGAUCAUUUAAUCUUUUUGAAGGAGCAUGAGAAAGAAAAGUCAAUUGUCAUCAUAUCCGGAGUAGCCGGAACCGGAAAAUCCACAAUUCUAUCUCAUUGUUAUAAACAAAUUAAAAUGUCAAAACCGGACCAUUGGGUAAUCAGAAUUAAUUUAGUGGAUCACUACGGGGCAAUCUUGAAACUGGAUAACAACAGUACGUGUUCGAACGCUGUCGGCAUUUUUAUCAAUGAGUUACACGUCGUUGAAAAUAAAAGUUCAUUUUCUCGUUCCUUAUUAAGAAACCGGUUGGAGACAGGAGAACGAAUCGUUGUCAUGUUUGACGGAUUCGAUGAAAUCAACGACUUGUGUCAAGAUAAGGCGAUUGAAUUGAUGAAGGCCAUCACUAAAGACAAAUCGAUCCAACUUUAUGUGACAACCCGACCCCACAUGCUCGACAAACUGCAAUCCCAAUUGUCUCAAUUGUCUUACAGUUUGGCAAAUUUCCAAAGAAAUGACCAAAUUGAUUUCUUGAUUAAAUAUUGGGAGAAAGAACUGGAUUUGAUUGGCGAUAAAAAUAGCCCAAUUCAACAAUUCGCUGAAUCCUUAGUUGAUCGGGUAUCGGAAACUUUAAAAGAUAAAGAAAGUUCUUUCAUUGGAAUCCCAUUGCAAUGUCGGAUCAUAGCCGAAUGUUUCCAAUCAAAAGUUCGAUCAACGCUGGGAGAAACCGGUAGAGCUACACAACUCAAAGCCGAUUUAUUUGAUGGUCAGAGAUUCGAUUUGGCUAAUUUAUAUCGUCGUUUAAUGGAAACAAAACGUCGGGUCUUUAUCGAAGAAAAGGCUAAAAUACCGUCGUCGUCACUUCAAAAUGACAUUGUGGUUGACGCCAUUAAUCAAUUGAUACAAGAUAUUGAGGGUCAUCUGACAAAAUUAGCCAUCAAAACUAUAGUCACGGAUCAGAAGAACUUGGAAAUUUUGUUGUCACAUCAGUCAACGCAACGGUCAGUUGACCUAAAUAAAACCGCUUCAAACGCAUUGAAAUUCGGAUUGACAUUCAAAAAUGGAGAUGAAUCAAAAGUCCAAUUCUUGCAUCGUACCUACGCCGAAUAUUUAUUCGCCAGAUAUUUGUACGAAGGGUUUCUCCUCGAUGAGAAACGACACAACAAGUUGCUAGAAAGCGAAUCCAUUCACAUGCUUAUCCUGCAGAAAAUCCUGGCUACACCGGAGUACGAUGGCGUCCAAGUGUUUUUCAAUAGCAUGCUAAAAGAGUUGGUCGAGGACGACGAAGAAUGGCGAAAUAGAAUUGACAGAUGCGAUUUACCAGACAGGAUAAAGAAAUUUACGGAAAAUUUUGUCAGAAUAUUUCUUCGAAAAGGAUCACCUCUACAGGCGACAGUUCAAACUAUGAAAGGGACGAUACCGAGAAAGAUGUACCAUAACUGGUACAACAAAGAAAACGUAGUUUAUUUUUCUCUCAAGACUGGGAAUACAAUGAUAUUCACAUUCCUGUGCGAUUGUCUUGAUGUAACCUUAGAUAAAAAACAGAUUCAAAUCGUAAUGACGAAAUCUUUCAUGGCCGACGCUUUUUCAAUCUUAUAUUUCCGCCAAGUAGAAAGCAAAUAUUUUAAACGAUUUCUCGAUUGCGUGGACAGUGAGGCGGAUAAAGUGAUGUCAAAGCUUGCAACAUACUUGCCAGCAUCUUGUGAUUUGGAAUAUUCUGAAUGGAAUGGAGAGGAACAACAAGAAACUGUGCACCACUUGUUGCAGUUUAUGACAGAUCAACGCGCGGCUUUCGACAAGUAUUUCAUUCCAAAUUACAAUACCGCAAAGAUGUUAAACUUUUUCAUUUUCAACGAAAAUUACGCAAGUCAUCUGAAAACAUUUUUGGGAUUACUGUCUCGAUCGACGGCCUAUUCUGACGAUUUUAAAUUUUCGAAUUUCCUGAAGAAAGCCUUCUGUUCCAAAGAACAUUUUAUAAGUGGCCGAAUCGAAAAAGUGUUAAUUACCUUACGCGGGCUUAAUAAACCCAAUCUACUGACUCAACUUUAUGGCAUCGUUCUGGCGAUAGAACCGGAAUCUUUUCGAAAUAUUUAUCAGCCGCUGCCGCUAGAAAGCGACUCCAUGGGAAAAGACGUGACAGGAACGGAUCUGAAAAUACUGAUGAAACGAGAUUCGUAUCGAAUGACUCGCCUUCACCGAGCGGCCUUCCACGGAAACACGAAGGCAGUCGAUAAAAUGUUGGGAAGGAUUCGCCAAAAUUUGACUAAUCCGGAGCAAAACGAACUUGCCGGUAAAAUAAUAAAUGAAAUCAUGGCUCGGGAUGAAUAUGGAUUUACACCGUUUUAUGUAGCUGCUGUCCGUGGUCAUGAGAAAAUCUAUCACAAGAUGCUCACCUUCUUGAAAAAAAUUCUUCCCGACGACUUACUAGAAAACCAUUGGACACACCCAAAGGGAUUCGUACAUCAUGCUCUUUCCGAUGCAAUUGAUUAUGAAAAUGUUCAAAUGUUUCAAUUGAUUCUGACAGCUGUCAAGAAAGUACUGGGGCAACAUGAACUAAUCCGAAUUCUUCGUCUGCAGAAAUAUAACGAUUCCAAUUCAUUUUUCGUCGAAUGCAAAACGAAAGAAUUAUUCAACGAAAUGACAAAGAUCGUCGUGAUGAGAGACGACAAUGUGAUGGAUUACACAGAUUUCUAUGACUUGCUGGUCUUUCACGACGCUAAAUCAAUACAAACACUCGAGUACAUCGACGCCGAAAAUCUUCAAGGACUGCUUUUACUAAGAGGCGUUGACGAAUUUACAAAACGUUUUCUAGAUGCAAUUUCUUCGUUUGUCUCUGGCAUUCGAUGCCUUAGGUUAAACAACGACGGCACACGUUUACGAAAGCCAAUUACGAGACAAACUCUAGAUUCCAUAAAUUUAUACUCCAUUGGAUUUCCUCUGUUAACAAAUCAUUUAUUAAAACAUUUCACCAAAGUUCAGCUAGAACAGUUUGUCGAAACUAUUACUUCUAAAAACAAUUGGAAAACAAUUGGAGGAACGUCCCACGGUGUCUACAAAUCUGUUGAUGUAAAUGACCCAGCAACGGCGGAAUCAAUCACACUUGAUUUGUUAGAUCUGGGAUGGAAUAGAGAAGGCUUGGUGUUUGACGACAAUGGUGACGGGACCACCACUAUUCUCAUCAAAGAACGUCAAGUGACAAGAAACAGUUAUUGGAGGGAUUUUAUAACAUCAGCUGCGGCCUCAAAUUUUACGCACUGUGAAGAGGGGUUUGGAUUUCUCGAAAUAGUCCUUCGUAUUUACGAUUGUUUGAAAUGCCUGAGUGACAGCUUUAAGAAAAAGCUUUUACUGCAUGAAGAAGAAAGCGGUUUUAUCAUGAUUCAGUUGUCACUAGAGACUGUUCAACGCAUGAUGACAUAUUUGUCACAAGAAAACCAAGAGGAAGUGAAACAGCAGUGGAAGGAUAACGCACCUUCCAUGGACAAAUUUUUCCCGUUGACUAUGGAACAACCUAAUAAUGAUGAUAUCAUGUCGACAGCGCGCAGAUGGACUAAUAUCUUGCGGUUUUAUCUACAUUACGGAAGUGAAGUUCAACUAGAGGAAUUCGUCAAGACAAUCACGUUCUUACGUAACAUAGGCGUAGAACGACGUAGCGUAUGGAGUUACAUAUUUGAACAUUGUCACAAAGAAGAAAAGAUAAAAGAAAUAUUGAAACUCGUGUCGGAGAAAACUGACAUUUUAGGUUCGGAUGCCCUGAAAACAAUUCUACUGCACAAAAUCGAUGGAAUUCCUUUACUACUCAAAGCUGUGCUGUGGGGAGAAGAUAUCGACGCCCGGCUGGAAAUUUUGCCAAAAGAAAUCAGAGAAGACAUUCAACAAAUCAUGGAAAUAAACGCACCUAGGUUAAUAAAUGAAGCGUUUCUUAACCCCCAAACCCAUUUCAAGAUAUUUGAUUCAUUUAAUUGUUACAAUAGAUUGAAUACCUUGAUAUUUUUUCUCAGUUAUAGCAACGAUACUCAACUUCAACAAUUUGUUCAAAAUAUAACAUCAUUUGAUUUAAUUAUUCCAAUGAUAAUGCACAUUCAAGAUGAGAAAAAGUGUAGCAUAUGGGCUGAGCUAUUAACCCACGCAUGCCAUGAUCGCAAUACGGCCGACAUUGCAAAAAUGGACAAAUUCAUGAAGUGCCUCUCAGAGAUAUUGGGCUCAAAUGCCGUUAAAGAAUUGGUGCUCCAUAACGACGGAGAAAGACCCGUCAUAUUUUAUCCUGUAAUGAGAGGAGAGGAAAAGUUGAUGGAGACGAUGCUCAAGUAUUUGACCGUCAAAGAUCGAAAAAAAGUUCAACGCCAAGUCGAUCAGUUCUUGGAAGAAACUUGCAAGACAGACGUUUCGUCGGAUCGAGGUUUCUCCUUGAUUACUGGGACCUGAAAUAAUUACGAGACUAACUGGGUUGCUAUGUGUCCUAACUCAAUUAUCCUUAUAAAAUGUUUUCAGUUUUUCCUUUUGUUUUAACGCCCGACCUGAAAGCGCAUUUUCGUGUGAAAUAUGUGUUUUGAACGUCUUUUUUUAAAUACACUAUCAAAUAUCCGCUAGA